GCGAUUGUCCGCCGGCUGUCGCGCGGUUUUGCUCCUUGGGUGCUCCCGGUCCGUGACAGCUGUCAAAACAAAGGCUCGGGGUUGAAAAUUCUAGCGCAGUGAAAAGAAAAGGGAAAAGACCGACGACAAGGGAAGGAAAAGAAACAACAGACACGGCAAACGUCGAACGGCCAUCGCACACACACACACACGCGUGCACACGGGUUCUGCUUUUCCGAGUUACGAAUAGGUGCCCGCACGCGAUGGGGGCCGCAUCCAGCAAUCCGCGUACGCUGGUCGUGAACAACGACUCACCCGCCGGCCUCAUCGACAUCUCCGACGACGUGGUGCAGCGGCUCAAGAGUGGCCUCCCGUCCAAGGCGCAAGGUCGGAACGGGUCGGACUCCCCGCAGCAGCAGCAGCAGCAGCAGCAGGGUGGUGGUGGUGAUAGCGGCGCGCCGGCCGGUCGUGGGCCCAGCUCCUACCCGAAUCCGCUACCGCCACCGUCCGUGGUGUACCAGGGCGAGCUGCCCCUGACCUCGAUGCAGGUGCUGCAGGAGAAGGAGCGGGAGCUGCGCGAGAACGACGUCUACUGGACGCAGCGGCUGAAGGCGCUCGAGGCCAACCUCGCCAAGACGAACCAGGUGCUGGAAAAGGAGUACAGCGAUGCGGUGGCGGAUGUGAAGAAGCGGUUCGCAACGACCGCCGUCCAGCAGCAGCUGCCCCCGUGCCAGGACCUGAAGGCGAAGGUGAUCGCGUGCUACCGGCAAAACCCGAACGAGACGCUGCGCUGUGCCGAGGAGGUGCAGCAGUUCACCGACUGCGUCAAUCUGCACCGCAUCCAGCUGCUGCAGCAGCGUACCGCCGCGGAAACGCCCAAGAAGUAAAUGCAAUCCUCCUCCCCCUCCCAGCACUGUCCGGCACUGUGCGGAAUGGCACAAACAGCAUACGGCGAGCAACGUAACAAAAAAAACAACCUUCUUGGCCACCGGCAGGCGGUUGCCACUGGCAUCGCUGCUGAAGCUUAAAUUCGCGUUUGCCGCGUGCGCUGUGCACCGUGCUGUCCUGCCCAGUUUGACGAGUUGUCUGGCUCUGUACCCCCCUCCCUCCCUGUUUAGCGAGCAUACUGAUGUCGAUCCCUUUAUUCGUUUGUAAAUAUAAACGCUAACUCAAACGACUUUA